AUGGACCCCAAGGCUUCUCCAAACGCCGCGGCGCCAGCCGCACCAGCGCUCCCGCCCAACGUCACAAUCUUCUCCCCAGCCAGCCCCACCACAGCAAAGGCCCUGCUCAACGGCAGCAUGUUUACGCGACUCACAGCCAACGCGCAGACCGAGCCGUCAAAGCUCGAAGCCACUCUCAGAGACGUCGCUCGACCCGAAGUCAACGACACCUUCUGCUUCAGCCACCGCAACGUCGUUUUGAUAUUCGAUGGCGAAAAGGACGGGGCAGAUGCAACGGACCAGCACCACGAGCACUUCCGCCUCGUUUGCUUGGCGCUCAAGGACGCUGAUAUCAGCCUCGAUGUCGCCGGCUGCAUUUUCGAUGCCCCUGAAAUCUUGCAGGCUGGCUUCCAAUUAGACACCCUCAGCUCGGGUUCCGUUCUGGUCAUCGACCUCAUGGGCGGGGAUGAUGAUGAUGAUGAGGAUUCAGACGAGGAUGAUGAGGCAGCUGCUGAGAGGUUGCUGAUGAGUGGGGACUCGGGCGCCACGAUGUCCUGA